ACUGAAGAUGUCGAAGACGAAUUAACCAAAAGUUAUCACUCUCUCUGUCUCGUCUCUGAGAAUGUAAAGGAAGCACUUUUGCUCCUCCGUCUUAACUCGCAGAGGAGACAACUCAGUGAGAGACUGAGAGGGAACCCAAAAAAAACGCGGCGAUGUCACAACUCUUAUCUUCUCCUUCAAUGGUGCCCUCGCAUUCUCCCUUCGUCUUCAGUACUCGUCACCGGAGGUUUCACCGUGAAACGGCAUGAGAUCGCUUCGAAACCGACGACGACGGUGAAGCUCUCGGUUAAGUCCCGCCAGACGGAUUAUUUCGAGAAGCAGAAGUUCGGCGACUCUUCUUCUUCGCCGUCAUACUCCUCACAAAAUGCUGAAGGAUUACCCGCAAGAUUUUACGUGGGUCAUUCGAUAUACAAAGGGAAAGCUGCGCUAACCGUGGAGCCAAGAGCACCAGAGUUUGUGUUCUCCUUGUCGGUUACAGAAAUCGGAACUCUAGUUAGCCUAGGCCCGAGGGAAUCUUGUGAAUUCUUCCAUGAUCCAUUCAAGGGGAAAAGGUUGGCAUGCAUUUGCAAACUCCAUCAAACCAGAAGACGCAAACCGUAUGAACAACGCGUCACC